AUGGUGAGGCAUUUGGCAAUUGGCCAACAACAAGUGAAUCCAGUAAGUGAGCAGCUAGCAAGAGUCUGUGGGAUAUGUACUUCCACUGAGCAUCCUACAGAUUCAUGCCCUACCCUGCAAGAGACGGAUGCGAAUGUUUCUGGAAUCUACACCAACCAACAGCAGCAAUAUAGAUCUCCACACCAACAGCAGAAUUAUAACCCGUACUCUCAGACAUAUAACCCGGGAUGGAGAGAUCAUCCAAACCUGAAAUGGGGGCAGCAGCAACAAGGUCAACAAUCUUCAUUUCAACCUGCUGCAGGAAAAUAUCAGCCUCCAUUCAGGCAACAGCCACCUCCACCUUCAACACCUCCUCCUGCACAAAGGAGCGAGCCAUCAUUCCAAGAGAUGAUGCAGCAGAUGGCUGCAAACAACCUGCAGUUUCAAUAG